CAGGCUGCAGUCCCGGUGGCAGUCAAGCCGCAUGACCGCCAAACUUCCAGGCAAACGCGGGCUUUUUGGGUCUCUUCGGUGGCGAUAUGUUCGCCUUCUGAAGGCCGAGUUAGCGUUUUGUAGUGCCUGCGUGUCUUGUGCAAACGAGAGCUUAUCGCGGCUUUCUGGCGAGUUCAACUUAAAAUAUGAAAACCCCUGGACGAUCCCCAAUAUACUGUCAAUGGCAAGAAUGGGUUUGGCGCCAGUUUUAGGCUAUCUGAUUGUUGAGGAAAACUUCGAUGUUGCACUAGGUGUCUUUGUUUUGGCUGGCGUAACGGAUCUGUUGGAUGGAUUUAUUGCACGAAACUGGGCUAAUCAGAAAUCAGCUUUGGGAAGUGCUCUUGAUCCUCUGGCUGAUAAAAUUCUCAUCAGUGUGCUCUAUGUAAGCCUAAGUUGUGCAAAUCUUAUCCCAGUUUCACUUACUUCCAUGAUAAUUCUGAGGGAUGUAGCGCUCAUUGCUGCUGUUUUCUAUGUGCGAUACAAAACUCUUUCUCCACCAAGGACCCUCAGUAGGUAUUUUAACCCCUGUUACGCUACUGCCCAACUAAAACCAACAUUCAUUAGCAAGAUGAAUACAGCGGUUCAGCUAGUUUUGGUGGCAGCUUCUUUAGCAGCUCCUGUGUUCAAUUAUGUGGACAGCAUGUAUCUGCAGACUUUAUGGUGCAUCACAGCUCUGACCACGGUAACCUCUGCGUACAGCUAUUACCAUUAUGGCCGAAAAACGGUUCAGGUGAUAAAUAACAAAUGAAGUAUUCCUGAAGGGGCCAGGUCUCGGCAGUGUGGUGGUACUGCUGAAGAUGGUUGUAAUGCAACUUGGGUUUGGAUCAAGAACUGUUUUUCUGCUUAAACCAUGGCAUCACAAUGAAGGGAAGUUUGAACAUGUACUGUGUAUAUAUAGAGACUUUUCAGUGUAUUUUUGUUUAAAAAUGAGGUUUACAAAAAAUAAAUAAAUAAUAUUCUUAAAGACACAGGUUACUGAUUGCUGCCAUGUGCAUUCUGAAUAGUUUUAUACUGGUUUUGGAGUAAAAACCUGCACUUUUUACCAGCUUUUUUUUGGCCAUUUUUGUGCAAGGCACUGAAGUAGAUGGAGCUCUGAGAAGAAAAAGCAAAUUUAUGAGAGCAAAUUUUGUUUUGUACCUCAGCCUAGGUCAAUAAACCAGCAUUGCUCAUUAGGACUUAAUGUCAUCAGCUUGUAGCAGGAGAAAGCAUGUCAUCAAGCAGCAGUAUCUUCAGAAAUUUAAACUGGAGCACUGGAAAUUUUACUUUGUAUUCCACGGUGGUGCCAAUAAGCAACGGAGAAUUACUGCCCUGCUCCCUUUUCUCCUCAACUGUGGGCAAGUGUGAACUGGACUCGCCUGUUUAGAGCCUCAGAAGGGUCAGCUGUGCGGUGAAGAGUACCCAAAUGGAGUUCCUCAUACUAUAUAUUCCUUUCUAGUGAUUGAAAUAAACUCUCCAGGUUAUUUUAAAGCUUCUAAGAUGCUGUUUAAUCUUAAGUAUCAUGGGAGAAAAAGGGAUGCUUCAGAUAUUGUUUGAAUGAAUGGAGUGGAAGAAACUUAGAUUCAUAUACUGUUAAUUCUUCCUGUACCUCUGCCUUCUGGAGAUGCCUGUUGUAAUACCUCUCAAGCUGGGACAACUUGCACAUGUUAUUUGCCUGCUCUCUGCUUAAAACAAAAUACAGAAUAAAGCACUAGGCAGGACAGAUCAUGUUGAUCGUAAACUUCUGUUUCUGAGCAACAGGUGAUUUCUUACGUCGUUAAAGAGUACAGCUAUGAAGGGCUUAAAUGAAACCAAGUGGUUCAUGAUACCACUAUUAGCAGAAGAAAAUUUGCUGUAGACAUCUCUUGAGAGCACACAGUCUCUUUGGUGACUGCAUAGGCUUGUAUAUACAAAGCAUUUUAAUAUUUUUUUAUAUUUAAACUUGUAUAGAGUGGGGCACAGAGAAAACACUUGAUUUUUAGUAGUACCUCUCUCUUUGCUGUCUUCAUGUUUUCUGGUCUACACUGCAUUUCACACAGCAAAUCCUAUGGGUGUUUCCUUAACAUAUCUUCAAUAUUUAGGAAAAUGGAGUACUUUUCUCAAAGAAGGAAUUAAGCAAGCAGAAAAUUACUGUACCCAAACAGUGUAGUUUGGUGAAUUCCUAGCGAUUGAGAUUUGGUUUGGGUUGGUGGGUUUUGUUUGGUUUGGUUUUGGCUUUUUUGGGGGUUGGUUUGUUUGUUUGUUAGGUGUGGGGUUUUUUUUUGUUUUAAUUUUUAAUCACAGAUGCCUUGGAAACGUUCUAUGAAAUCACCAGGGCAUGGGAGAGCACUGGUCAACCACAGCUCCGUGCUGCUGCGCGUCUUUACACCUGUCAUUCAUUGUGUUAAUAUUAAGCUAAAUGUACAGUUCCCCGGUGGCGCGUGCUUAAAUAUUUGUAUUAAAUAAAAUUCAUCUGGAUGAUAGA